AUGGCAUCAGAAGUAGGGAAAACAUUCCAGAGGUUUGCUCUCUUUGGAGACUCUUCAAGCAGUGGUACUGAAAUGAACAACAAGAACUUCUCCAAGCUAUACAAAGACUGUGCCAUUAUGGAUGACAAGAUGGUCACCUCUACUGACAUGGACAUCGUGUUUAGCAAAGUCAAGGUCAAGAAUGCUCGAACCACCACAUUUGCACAGUUCCAGGAGGCAAUGAAGGAGCUGGGCCAGAAAUGGUUCAAAGGGAAGAACCCAGAUGAAGCCCUGGACAACAUUUAUAAACUCAUGGAGGGCAAAGAUCCAGCCACUACUGGUGUUACUAAAGCAACAACAGUGGACGGAGUGGACCCGCUGACAGACACCAGCAAGUACACUGGCUCCCACAAGGAACGCUUUGAUGAGAGUGGCAAAAGCAAAGGCCUCGAAGGACGGGAAGAGGUGACUGACAACUCAGGCUAUGUGAGUGGCUACAAGCGUGCAGGCACCUAUAAUAAGAACAAGUAG